AUGAGAUCCUUUGUCACUUCGGGAGAUGUUCCUAUAGGGUAUACAACGCCGUCGUUCCCGUCGCUUUAUUGGCCCAUUAAUAACAAAAAGUACACUUUGUCAUACUUAUACUAUACCACCGAUAUUUGGAAAUUCACGGUUUUCUGGACAUUGAUACUGUUUGUUGCGUUCUACGCCUCCGCGGGGCUACUCGCCAGUUACUCACAUCGCAAAGUUGCCGGUGGAUUGUGGAUUUUGGCAUUUUACAUUUUUAUAGGUGGUGUCCAGGCGCUGGCGUCGGGAACCGUUGUGGGUUUACUUUUGGCUGUGACAUAUAAAUCAGGACUUUUCGCAAUGUCUACAUGGAUUCCACUUUGUGCUGCCGUCGUUAUGACGUUGUUUACUGUCGAUACCAGUUACAGUAUGAUGGGGUCUCUCAUAUAG